AAUAGCGUUACAAAAAAAAAGAAAAAAAAAAGAAUAUAUAUAUAAUAUGUGGCGGCCAGUGUUGAUUGUAUGGCGCACCGCCACAAAUUAGUCUAUGUGUGGGAAACACUGGGAUAACUCAAGAACAAAAAACAGAUUUCACUGAUAUUUGGAUAUUUUGAAACUUAGGCUAUGUAUCAAUGACAAUGUUUUUAAAAUGAGUUCUUCAUUUCUUAAUAUUGCGAGAUAGGUCAUUAAAUAAGUGUCAAAUUUCACAAAUUUCUCAUUACCCACUACACUUAAUUAAAUGAAAGUAUCUGGCACCCCAAGUUUAUCUGUGUCUGUAUAUUCAAAGCAGAUCUGCAUCCAUAUCCAGACUAAACAUUUUAACAUUUUCUAUUAUUUAAAUGAUCACUUUAAAGGACUGUGCAACAUUGUUGGAGUGCUUACAAUUUUCUUUUUUAAAUAAAAUAUGUCAUUUUCUGUCUGAUAAAGGACUGUUUUCACAUGUUGAUGGAUGGGAACUUGUCAAGUGAACAUUUCAAUCACUACUGUAUUUUUUUGACAUCUUUAUCUUGUAACAUUUAAACGUAUAUCAGUAAGAAAGAAAUUAUUUACUCAACUGAAUCAUCAACUGAAUAUCCUGAAAUGUGAUUGAGCUGAAUGAUGGGUCAUUUAAGUCUACAUCAGUUCUUAAAACAAAUUGUAAACAUCAGGCAAAUCAUGUGAAUCAGUAUAAUGGGUAGUUUGUUUUAAAAGCAGUGCUUAAAAUCAUACACGCCAGGAGGUAUUUGCAAAAUUCUAAAUCAAACAUGAUGAAUGAAGUGAAAUGUGUGGACCCAGAAAGCACUGGCAGUCACCCGGCAGAUAAACAAGGGCCCAGCCAUCAACAAUCCACACUUUGAUUGAGUUGAAAAUGCUGUGUGUCUUGUUCUAACUUGAAAUGUUUCUCCAUAGUUUUCUUAUCUCUUUAAAGACAGAGAUAAUCUACCCGGUCAAAACGUAUGGGUCCUUCACUUGAUUUAUCGCUCAUUUCUUCCUGGUUAAUGCUCUGUGCUAAACAAGGGCCAAAAGCAGGUGUUGGUCUGGCCACAGUUGUUAUCUCUUUCGUGUUCUCCACGUACUACAAUGUGCUCAUAAGCUGGGCACUUUUCUAUUUCGUCAACUCAUUCGGAGCGACCCUCCCCUGGAAUUCCUGCAACAACACCUGGAAUGCUGUCGGAAACUGUUCCAGUGGUUUCCCCGGCAACACUACCCACCUGCAGUCUGCCAGCCAACAGUUCUUUGAUCACAGACUUCUGCAGAAAACCAGUGGUAUUGAAGACGUUGGUGGUGUUCGCUGGGAACUUUUUGGCUAUCUCAUUAUUUCCUGGGUCAUCGUGUAUUUAUGCAUAUUUAAAGGAGUCAAAUCCACUGGAAAGGUUGUGUAUUUCACCGCUAUAUUUCCGUACUUCAUUCUGUUUGCCCUGCUCAUUAAUAAUGUGCAGCUUCCUGGCGCCAAGAAUGGUAUCCUCUACUUUGUGACACCUGUCUGGGACAAACUGUUUGAAGUAAAGGUUUGGGUUAAUGCAGCUGCCCAGGUGUUUAACUCCAUUGGAAUAGCAUUUGGCUCCAUGAUUUCGAUGGCUAGUUAUAACAAGUUCAACAACAACAUUCUUAGGGAUGCUUUAAUUGUAUCAUUUACCAACUCAUUCACUAGUAUCCUGGCUGGCUUUGUGAUCUUCUCAGCUAUUGGCUACAUGGCUCAUAUACAUAACCUCCCAGUGGACAACAUAGCUACAGAUGGUCCUGGUUUGGUGUUUGUUGUGUACCCUGAAGUCCUCUCCACCAUGCCCGUCUUUCAGCUGUGGGCCCCUCUGUUCUUCUUUAUGCUGCUGUGUCUGGGCCUGGACAGCCAGUUUGCCACAGUUGAGGUGGCUAUAACGUUCAUAAAAGAUGAGUUUGGCCCCCAAGUUCUGCGUUUCCUAAAGAGAGAAGAGCUGCUGGCCCUGGCUGUGUGCAUCAUUGGCUUUGUUCUGGGAAUUCCCCAUGUAACCAAGGGAGGAAUCUAUGUGUUUCAACUGAUGGACCACUACACCGCUGUGGUCUCCCUUGUGUUCCUGGCUUUCUUUGAAGUUGUCGCUGUCUGCUGGAUCUUUGGUGUCCCACGAAUCUGCUUAAUGGUCAAGAAGAUGCAAGGAAAAACUCCAAACAUCUACUUUCGUCUCUGUUGGCUGCUGCUUUGUCCUCUUUUGGUGCUGUGUAUACUGAUCUCCAGCAUUGUCCAGUACACUCCCGCUCACUAUGAAAAGUACACAUACCCAGGGUGGGCUGAAGUAGUGGGCUGGGGUGUCUCACUGGUCUCCAUAGUGUGGAUCCCACUGGGAGCCAUUCACGAGAUCUAUAGCAACAAAGGCUCACUUCUUCAGAGACUUAAAACAGCUCUGAUGUCCACAAUAGACCUGGAUGCUGAGGAUCCCCUGCCAGAAAAACAAAACCUAGCAUCUGAAACCUUGCUUACUUCAGUGGCAUGACCAGGAAUACAGUCAAAGCCGAUGGAAUGAACUGUUUUUACACUGAGAUACACAAUCGUUAAGCUUCUAUAAUACCAUUAUAAUUUGAUCCUAUUUUUUCUUAAAUUUAAGUAUGAGUGAUAGUGUGCUUUGUCCUGUCUAGACAAAGCAAGUGUUCAUUCCAAGCAAAGAUUGAAAUUUAAAUGAUUGUUUCCUCCCCUUUGGUUUAUUAAUCAGUAAACCAGUCCCUGUUUUCUGUGUCUGUGUUUUCUCUUGCAAUGUGUAACUAAGAGUAAAUGAUGCAUCUAUGGUAGAGGCAUUCAGAGGCUUAUUAACAUAAAACAUUGUGCUGUUCCGUUGUUUAAAGGUGGAGCAACAAUCUUUCUCCAGAAUCACUCUUAACGUUGCAUUCAGGCAAUCCUCAUCUACUCAUUUACUAAAUUAACCCUCCUGUUGUCCUCGGGUCAAAUUUGACCAAUUUUCAAAAAGUUUCUAUAUCAGAAAUUUGGGUUUUCUUUCAA